AUGAAGAUCCAUCUUACAAGGAAAACAGUCCUCACUAGGAUUGUUUUUAUAACCAGGGAUACCAAAGGAGAACCACUGCGUGCCUUGUGUGCUGCUCUGGAUCUUUUAGAAAACACUGAAGUGCAAGCGAUAAUAGGUCCAGAAUCAACGGCCGAAGCAAGAUUCUUGGAGGUUUUGGCAGACAAGGCUAACAUACCGAUUCUUUCGUUUUCAACAACUCCCUUUUCGAAUCAGAUUCCUUAUCUUCUUCAAAUCGCACAAGAUGAAACCACCGGGUUGACAGGCGUUGCUGCCAUGAUUGCAUUUUAUCCAUCUUCAGCCCGAUGCUUUCACUGGGAAUACAGGGUUAAUGGCGGAAAUGUCACCAACUUAGAGAUGCGAAGAAAGUGUUUGAUGAAAUGCCUGAAGAAGAUUAUAUUUCUUUUAGGGCCAGGUUUUCACCUUUAUCAAUUAUCACCUACAAGUUUUCGUCUGUAUCAAUUUAUGUCUUCCGCCAAUUCAAAUAUAAAAUAUGGACUUCAAAUGAAGUUACCAAAUGUUGAUGUUGAUAGGAUACAAUUAAAUGGAACAAAGAAAUUUCCAGGAUAUAUAAUAUUCAGACAGCGAAAUCUUUUGUUUCAAGACUUGAAUGAUAGAACAGAGAACAGACCAUCACAUAAUUUUUGUUAUUGCAUCAACAUGAGCAUGUUUUACCAUUCAAUAAUGAAGAUAAAUAGCAAGGAAAGAAGACACCUAUCAUUUUUAAUGUUGAUGUUGGUUUGCUUUGAGGUACAUGAUACAAAAGCACAAGAGGAUCCACUCUACAAGGAGAUCCCAGGAGGUGUCAGUGUCACAGCCAAUCAAAUGCAUAGGAGGAUGCCACUACAAUUAGUGAAUAAGAAAAACCUCAGAAUUGGCGUUCCACCGGAAUUUGAAUCAAAUCGAGUUUUUCAAGUGAAGCAUGAUGCUGAAACUAAUUCAAUAGUCAUUUCAGGGUUUUGUGCAGACGUAUUCCAAACUGCCUUCAGUGCAUUAGAUCUCAACGUAUCCCUUCAAUUUAUUCCAUUCAUGGAUGCAUAUCGAAACUACAACAAUCUUAUACAUCAAGUCUAUACUGGGGAAUUUGAUGCUGCAGUUGGAGAUAUAACAAUCACAGCUAACAGGUCUCUAUACGUGGACUUUACAUUGCCAUACACGGAUCUUGGUCUUGGAACGCUGUCUCGAAACACAGAUGCAAGCAUGUGGAUCUUUAUGAAACCACUGAGUUCAGAUCUGUGGCUUGUAUCUGCUUGUUUCAUUAUAUUACUCGGUUUUGUCAUUUGGAUUCUUGAACAUCGGACGAAUGAAGAGUUUCAAGGCUCACCAUCAGAACAGAUUGGAACAACCUUAUGGUUUGCCUUUUCAACCCUUGUUUAUGCUCAUAGGCAGAAGUUGAAGAGUAAUUUGUCAAGAUUUGUGGUAAGUGUGUGGUUGUUUGUAGUGCUGGUACUUGCUUCAAGCUACACUGCAACAUUGAGUUCACUAUUAACCAUUGAACAAAUUCGGUUAGCAUCAAAGGGAGACUCAAUUGGUUACCAUGAUGGUCCCUUUGCGGAGGGAUACAUUGUUAGUAACUUGAAUUUUAAAGAUACCAGUUUGAGGCCAUAUUCUACAACAUCAGAAUAUGCUAAAGCUUUGUCUCGUGGGAGCAAGAACAAUGGCGUUGAUGCAAUUGUUGAUGAAAUUCCAUACCUAAAGGAAUUCCUUGCAUUGUAUCCAUCUGGCUACUCCAUGGUCAUGUCUAAAAUGACUACUAAUGGUUUUGGCUUUGCAUUCCCGCGAGGUUCGCCUUUGGUCCCUGAGUUAUCAAGACAGAUUUCCAGACUACGAGAAGAUGGGACCUUAGCAAAGUUGGAGAAUAAGUGGUUGAAAUCAGAUCCACAGUCAAAGGAUUUUGAGCCUGUACUGAAGAUCCUAAACCUAAAAGCGUGUCGUGGUCUUUUUCUUAUAAGCGGGGUUUCAAUGGCUGUGGCCCUUUUCAUAUUCUUGCUUUAUUUUAUUCAUGAGAAACUGCAUUUCACCUACACAAUGCUGGCUGGAGGAAAGCUUGCAUUCAUAAUGAGGAUUCUCAACCCUAAAACUGGUGGUUGAAAGAAGAUGAUACCAAUAACAAGUACAACCAUGCCAUUCAUUAUGUCACUAUUUAUUUGUUGGACUACUACAUUUUGUUACCCCCUUCCUUUCUAGGAUCACUCAUAUGAUCAUUGUUAGAUAUUUCACCAAACGACUUUCUGGUGUACUUUUUUGGUGUUUGGAGUAUUAAUUUAUCGACAUUGGAUA